GUCGCCUGAUCAAACAGUAAAUACGUUGAAAUCACGCCUUACUACUUGCACAUUCUGUUGGAAUCCACCCGCCAGUUUGCGCGGCACAGCAUUUUGCCUCCUCACCUGCAAUACAUAAUUUACAAGUGGCUACAAGUAGAUCGCUCGAAGCUUUAUAGUUUGGGCAUUAUAAGGCAGCCCCGACGUUUGGCUACAACAGCAGAAAUUACCUAUCUUUUGCCUGCCGCGACCAUGAGCGUCGAGUCUAGGGCCAAGACACGCUCUAAGCCAAACACUGUGCACUAUGCCGCUGAGACUGGGGACAUCAAGUUGUUGCAGCACUUUGUGAAGGAGGGAAUGGCCUUGGGAAAUCCGGAAAGCGUCACGCUUCAACAACGCGAGGACGUGCUUGGAAUGAUGCCGCUGCAUGUGGCUUGUGAGAACGGCGAGCACGAGGUUGUUGAGUUCCUUGUCAAGAAGCGAGUUGACGUCGACGCUGGCGAUAACUUCAAGGUCACGGCGCUGCAUCUUGCUGCUAUUGAAAACCACACGGACAUUGUCGAUGUGCUCCUUAAGGCCCGGGCUGACCCCAAGCCCGUGGAUGUUGAGGGCGACAUGCCCAUCCACUGGGCGGCGACGAAGGGACACAGCCAGGUCAUCGAGCAGCUGGUCCGCAAGGGCUCCCCGGUGGAUCCGCACAACAAGAAGGGCUGGACGCCGCUGCACCGCGCCGCCUACAACGGCCGCAAGGACGCGGUACUCACCCUGGCCAAGCUGGGAGCCGCCAUCAACGCCGUCACCUGCGACGGCAACACACCGCUGCACCUGGCCUGCUUCAUGAACCAGCUGAGCACGCUGGAGAAGCUGUGCGAGCUGGGCGCCUCGCAGCGGCCUGUGAACCGGAACGGCAUGCGGGCGGCGGACCUGUGCAUCACGGACGCGGCGCGGGAGAUCCUCAAGAGCCUGCAGAGCCAUGAUGAUGCGGGGGCGGGCACGCUCGCGGCGACGCCUGCCGCAGGGCAGCUGACUGCUAACGGCGCGGGAUCCAGGCUGGCCAAGGACGGGGCCGCAUCCAGUCCCAGCACGGGUGGCAAGCCGGUCAUCCCCAGCCUGGCCGCGCUGCAGAUCAGCAGCAAGAAGUCCUCUCCCGAUGGCUUCCCCUCCCCCGCCAGCUCCCCGGGCCCCAGCAGCUUCUCCGUGCAGCGGCCGGCGGGCCCGGCAGCGGGCGUGGAGGCGGCCAGCACCGCCGAUGUGAGCUUCAUCAAGUCGGCCUUGACGGAGGCGGGCACCAACCCAUACACGGGCAUGAGCGGGGCGGGAGCAGCAGCAGCAGCUGCUGCUGCGGCGGCCGCAAUCAACGCGGCCGCAUCCCUGGCUGGGCGGCCGCCGUCUUGCAACGGCUCCUCCUACGCCUCUUCCGAUACUGCCGCUGUCUCCACCUCCGCUCCCUUCUCAAUGACCUCGGAUCCGCAAGCACGCAACUCCUCCUCCUCAUCCUUGCACGAACCCGCACCCCUAGCGGAACCUAGCGGCUUGGCAGCCCACCCCACGCCGCUCGCAGGCUCUCUCAGACCGCUGAGAGCACCCAGUGCAAGCACUGUCAGCGUUGGAGCGGCAGGAGGAGGAGGGGCGGUGGGGCCGGCUCGGCCACCUAGCACGGGUCGCGUGGGGACGACGACGACUGGGAGUAGCGUCGUGGGGGAGCUGUCCUCCUCCACAUCUGCUUCUUGGGUCUUGGGGGGUCUAGCCAACGUAGCGGGAGGGGGGUUGCUGUCGCCUCAGCUCCUCGGGGAGGACGUACAGGAGCGGAUCAAGGAGGAGAACAGGCGGGGCUCCUCCGUAUCUAAUGAUGUGCUGCGGCCGCGAUCAGCGCGCCCUGUGUCAGCUAAUAAGAAGUUCCUAGCACGCUAUAACUUAGACAAGCUUAACCUGUUUGCGCCCUAGCGGUUAGUAGUAGGAGUAGACCACCUAGGUGCAGCCGCUUCCUUUCCUUCUUGAUGUUUAGCUUGGUAGGGUAGUGCCAGUCGGGCGUGUGCAUGCAUGCAUUUGCGAGGCGCGACACCUGCGUAAUGAAGUAACGUGGUGGCCGUAACCUGUAGGCGGGAGUGUUUAUGCGGUGCAAUGGAAAGCGGCUGAGGUGAGGUUAAGGAGGCUGUUUAAGAGGUGACCUUGCUGACUUUGGGGUAUGGGUCGUCUGUGUGUGCCGUGUUUCUUCGAGCAGUGUGGUGCGCGCUGUAAUGAAGCGCUGCUUUUGUCAUAUGGUUGCAGAGCGCUGCAACCAUCGCCUUUGCCAUCUCGCGCUCGGAGGAUGCGCUACAAGCUUUAUAAGCAAUCUUAGGAGGAAAGGCGUGGUGGGAUGCGAGCAAAGUGACGUGUGGUUUGGCGUUGCAUGUAGUUUGUGCAGUUUGGGUUAAGGAGGCAGGAUAGGUUCUGUAGACCCGCAUAUGGCAUGUGGCCGCACGUCAACCCCACAGCGACUGAUGUAUGGGAGUCAGGACCACUGGGUAUGACGUGGGGGUUAUGAGGACUCGUGAGGAGAGGCAUGUGGGGAAAACAGCAAGCGGUGGUUUGUGUGUGCCUCCGCGGGUUAAAAGCUGCGUGUGUCUCGUUUGUAAUGGUGUGACAGGUGUUGUGCACAGCAUGACUCACCGACCGACGACUAAACCCACAUGCGUGGAGUAAAUGUUUCUUGUAUAUGUGCGUCCUGGGGCGUAGUAUGUAUCCGGGUGCUAUCUUAUGUUUACGAAUUACAUGUGCUGCUGCUAACAUUCAUUGUGUCGGACUUCACAAGCGGCUGCGUGUGGAGGACUGAGCUGCGUAACCUGCUGCGUGUGUGUGAAGCGUCUUUUAGCGCUUUGUCGUGCUGCGCUGGGCCCAUGCAAGGGGGGCCAGGCGCAAGGCGGCUUGUGUGUAUCGGAGGAGGUGUACAGGGUUUGCUGGAUGCAUAUAGGUGUGUACAGAAGAAGAACUGUGGCUUUCGGUUAGCACGAGUGAGGCUAUGCUAUCACGGCACGUUACCGGUACUUCCCAAUUAGGGAUUUGUAAAGAUCCUGCUAACCUAGUAUCCUCUUCCUUCAUGCCAGCAGAUCACUUGACACGG